AAAAGUUACUGAUCUUAUUAACUCUAAUAAACGGCAUUGUAACAGCGAGAGAGUUCCUCCUAUUGAAGAUUAUAUUAUUUUUCCUGGACGACAACAACAACACCAUAAUCUCCAAUCCGAUCUUGUUUGGAAUAAUAAUUAUGGCAAUGAAAGUAGAAGAAGCAGCCUAACUUUUGAAGCUCAAGUUCAUAUUUAUCCAAAUAACUCUGGUAGUGAUAGUACUAGUAAUAAUCAUCUCAUCGAAACCCCUCGUUUUCCUUUACCUCCAGUUUAUUCUAAUAAUCAUUAUAGAAGUAACAACAAUAACAAUGACUCUUCUACUCAAAACUUUAUUUCAAGUUCUCCAA